CGCUUGUUGAUGACGUAACCAGGAACCUGAAUCUGAGCACGCGUUACCACUGGUGCUGUAAACACUGAAGUGUGCUUUUGAUGCCGGGUUUGAAGAAAGUAACAUCAUGGCGACUUCACUGGGCAAACUGGGAUUCUACAAUAAGAUGAUUCUGGCACCUAUGGUGAGGGUUGGUACUCUACCUAUGAGGCUUUUGGCAUUGGACUAUGGUGCAGAUAUCGUCUACUGUGAGGAACUGAUUGAUCUCAAAAUGGUCCGGUGUGAGAGGGUUGUGAACAAUGUUUUGGAGACAGUGGACUUCAUAGCACCAGAUGAGAGGGUUAUGUUCCGCACCUGUAGUAAAGAGAAGGACUGUGUCGUCUUUCAGAUGGGAACAGCUGAUCCAGAGAGAGCACUGGCAGUAGCCAAACUUGUUGAGAAUGAUGUAGCAGCUAUUGAUGUGAAUAUGGGCUGUCCGAAGGAAUACUCUACCAAGGGUGGAAUGGGAUCUGCGCUCCUUUCUGACCCUGAGAAAAUUGAAGCUAUUUUGACCACCCUGGUGAGGGGAAUUUCAAAACCAGUGACCUGCAAAAUCCGAAUCCUUCCCACUCUGGAGGAAACUGUUAGUUUGGUGAAGAGAAUUGAAAAAACAGGGGUGGCAGCAAUAGCAGUGCAUGGCAGGAUGAAAGAAGAGAGACCACGGCAUGCAGUCCACUGUGACUACAUUCAAGCUGUAGCUGAAAAUGUGUCUAUUCCAGUGAUAGCUAAUGGUGGCUCUCAUGAUCUCAUAAAAACAUAUGAUGAUAUUGAACAAUUUCGAGAGACAACAGGAGCAGCCUCGGUCAUGUUAGCUCGGGCUGCAAUGUGGAACCCUUCAAUAUUUCGCUGCCAGGGAAUGGUAUCAGUAGACGAGGUUAUGGAAGAAUAUGUAAAAUAUGCUGUUCGCUAUGACAACAACACAUUCAACAGUAAAUACUGCCUGUGCCAGAUGUUAAGGGAUAGGGUGGAAUCGCCAAUGGGCAAACAGCUUCAUGCAGCGCAGACCAAUGAAGAAAUCUGUGAGGUGUUUGGAAUGACUGAUUUCUACAAGAAAGCCCAGGGUGAACUGGAGGCCCGCAAAAAAGCCCUUGAUGCCAACAGCAGCAGUUUUUCAGACCAGCCUGUACUGGAUGGAGAUGUCUUCACUAUGGCGAUCAAGUUCGAAAGGAGAGAGUAUCCUCCUCAGAUCACCCCAAAAAUGUACUUGCUGGAAUGGAGCCGAAAGGAGAAGCUGGAGCAACCUGUAUAUGAAACGGAGCAACGUGCCCAAGACAGAUGUUUCCAGUCCACAGUAAUGGUGGCAAAUAAGAAGUAUAGAUCCACACUAUGGGAGAAGUCUAAGAAAUUCGCUGAGCAAGCUGCAGCUAUUGUGUGUUUGCGCACACUCGGUGUACCAGAGGGGCGCAUCGGAGAGGGCUACUCAGGGCUGGUAAACAAGAGAAAAAGGGAAGAGAAAAAAAGUAUCGCUUCAGAGGGCGAUAGCAUUACAGACUUAGCACACAGGAAGAGACGGCUCACUGAGCCAUCACAAAAAGAGGAACAAGAAUCAAAUGACAAUCUGGUGGUAGUGAAUCGCUCCUGUGGUCAGACUGUUUCCUGACCAUGACUAGAUGACUACUGAUCAGGUUAUGAACUCCCCCAAGGAGUAUGGCUGCAUGGCAUUUGCAGUGAUGCACCACAGCAUAUCUGAAUUGUGUACACAGAGACUUGUUAGCUUGAACAUGUGCAUGUUAUGCCUGAUACUGUUCACUCUUCUUUUAUCAGAUAAUUGUUUUAAGUGCUAUCUUGUUAUAUGUACGUGCAUCACAUCGCCAUCUUAUUAGGCACACCUUCUUGAUGCUGCUACAUCUGACGGAACACUGAGCAGCUCCGACUCUCAUAAUGUUAAACCUUUUCCUUGUCACUACUAUGCUAAAAUGGUCUACCAAUCACGGAAUAUAUGGUUAACCAUGCUUCUGUGGUGGUCCCUAUCCAUUGAUGGAUAGGGUGUAGGAGGACUGACAAAUUGUACAGGGCAGGAAAUGAUCUACAGUAAGCAAAGUGACCUGUAUGGGGGGGUGUACCUAAUGAAGUGGCAACUGAGUAAUUUUCGCAAUGCUUGUCCUGGAGUACUGCUGUCUUGCACAAACUUCCACCUCACCUUAUUCAACUUAUUUGUUACCAAACCUGAACUAACUCGAACUUGGUGAUUUAGGGGAAAGAAACUCCAAAGUGUGCAGAGUAUGAGUACCUCAGGACCAGGAUCGAGAAACACUGUUCUAGUCCAUAUGAAUGUUCAGUAGAAUGUUCUUAACUCUAGUCCUGUAGACCCACUCUCAUGUAGUUUCAAGUUUACCCGGUUCCCAGUUGCCUCAUCCAUUCCUGAUAUAAAUACAGUCCCAUUAGCACUGGAAUGUCGAAACUCUGCCACAGACCAAAAGGAGGCUUUUAACUGUUGACCACGUAGCCAGUAUGUGGUGUAAACCAAAAGCAAAAUUAAAGUCAUGCAUUUAGUCAAGUAUUACACUUUUUCUUCUAAAUAGUGCAAGUGACCUAAGGCCUUAAUGGAAUUGUUGAUGGGUGACUGUAUAUAUGUAUAUUUAAUCUGAUUUUACUUGUAUUAAAACAUGUUAAAUAUG